AUGGCGAAGAAGGCAUUGCCCAAGGAUCAGAUCGUGAAGCUGAUCGUGGGAGCUGGCCAGGCCAGCCCCAGUCCCCCCGUCGGUCCGGCCCUGGGUAGUAAGGGUGUGAAGAGUAUGGAUUUCUGUAAGGAGUUCAACGCCCGCACUGCGCACAUCAACACCGGUGUCCCUAUCCCGGCCCUCGUCACCGUCCGUCCCGACCGUUCGUUCCUGUUUGACCUCCGGACCCCGACUACGACCUAUCUGCUCCUGCAAGCCGCCAACGUCGAGCCGCGCAAGAACCGCAUCCGCGGGGCCCAGAACCCCGGCCACGAGAUUGUGGGCAAGGUCUCUCUCAAGCACAUCUACGAAAUCGCCAAGAUCAAGCACACCGAGACGCGACUGUCCGGUCUGAGUCUGCAGGGCAUGUGCAAGAGUGUCAUCGCCCAGGCCAAGUCGAUUGGAGUGGAGGUGGUGCCGUGA